AUGCGGUACCGGAGGAAGGGGGCCAGGACGGAGCUCUCCCGGGGAUUGGCUCCGGCCCCGAGCCGUGACCGCCCCGAACGCUCCGGGUGCCGCGACCCGGCAGGGAGGGUGCUCCGUCCGUCCGUCCGUCCGCCCGCUCGUCCCCGGCUGUCCCCGCGGGCACGGAGCGGUGCCUGCCGCCCGCAGCCCGCCAGCGCAGGGAGAGCCCGGCACCGGCCGUGCCACACGCCGGACCCCGGCGGCGCGGGGCUGCGCUCCCGCGUCCCUGGCGUGCGGUGCCGGGCGCUGCCAUGGCCGCGGGGCCCUCCCGGUCACCGACUGCUCCAUCGGGAAACUUUUACCGCCGCAUCCCGGGGGAGGACGGACAGCCCGGCCCCGCUCAGGCCGCGGCAGCCUCCAGGUGCUGGCGGGGACCCGCCGCGGCCCGCGGGGGCCGUUCCGCGGUCCCGGGAGGGGCCCCCGCGCCGCACCGGCCCCUCAGCGGAGCCGCAGCCGCCCCGCGGGCCCGGCCACACCAGCUCAGCUCCCCUCGGGCCCGCCGCGGUUCCCGCCCCCGCCGAGGCACAGCCGGGCCAGCCCGGGGGCCGCAAGGUGUUGGUGCUCGUCCCGCCGCCCCCCGCCCGCCCUCAGAACCCCCCGCCACGCACCGGCUGCUCCCGGCGCGGCGGCCGCGGCUCCCGCUGCUGUUGCUGCCGAUGCCGCCGCGGCUCGGCGGCUGCCGUUGCCUACGGGUCGCUGCCUGCCGGCAUGCCCGCGCGCCGCUGGCAUAAUCCCCGGCGCGGGCGGGCCGGGCGCGGGCAGCUCCUCGCCCGCCGGCGCUGCCGCGGCGCGGGGACGGCGGAGGCGGGGGGAGGCGAGGCGGGCGGGCCGCCGCAGCUGCGGGGGAGGAGGGAGCGAGGAAGGCGAAGAGCUCCGCGCCGGCACUGCCCUUGCCCUGCCGUGGCACGGUGGCCGCGCGGAUUUAUCCGCCCGCCGAACGAGCCGAGCCCCGCACACCGGCAGCACCGGGAGCCGCCACUUCCUUCCCCGCGCCGCUCCGCGCGCCCUCAGCCGAGCGGGCGGGGCGAGGGCGUCGCCUGGCGGCCGCUGUGA